ACUAAGGUGUGCAGUGCGUUGGCUUCCGAAGCGGCUGCAGCUAAACGGUGUGCUUAAAUGCGCGAUCCGGACAGUUCUGCUGUGCUUUUAUUUUUUCUUUUUACUUAGCGCUCAAAGCUCCCUGCUCGAAGCUCAUCUCCGAGUUCCGAAUUUGUCGGCGUACGCAUCUCGUUUCGUUGUUUUUAAACGAGGCUUCGGCACGUGUACAGUGAUGCUGCCCCGGCGGUUACGACGUGCCUCGCAUCCUGCUGCAUCAUUAUAAAUACAACGCGAUAAAAAUAAUCACAUAAAGUAUAACACAACCCACACCCAGUGCCUCGAUCUUGACAUGAUCGAUUAAUCAAUUGUGUAGUACAAAGAAGUAGAAGAAGAAAAAUUGACAGAGGGAAGAACGCGUUUAACGACUAGUGCACAAAUCAGUCGGCCAGGAUGUCGUUGCACUACUACCCGCAAGCCACGUACCGAUAUCGCUCGGCGGCGCAGCAACAGCAGCACCUGCAUCGGGAACAGCUGCACCAACAGCAGCAAUACGGCUCGGACAGCGACGGCAACGAUUACAGCGAGUACGACAACGGCGACGAAGAGGAGGCCGACAACGGCGACGAGGAGGAGGAUGAGGACGAGGAGGACGACGAGGACGAGGACGGCGAACUCGACGACGAUCCGGACUUGCCCUACGAGGGUUUCGUUCCCGUUGCCUUGAAAUAUCUACAUCAGACCACACGCCCGCGCAACUGGUGUCUAUGUCUCAUUACAAAUCCGUGGUUCGAGAGAGUGAGCAUGAUGGUGAUUCUGCUGAACUGUAUCACAUUGGGCAUGUAUCAGCCGUGUGUCGACGACCAAUGUGAAACGAAUCGCUGCAAAAUAUUACAGAUGUUUGACGACAUCAUAUUCGCCUUUUUUGCGUUAGAAAUGACGAUCAAAAUGGUAGCCAUGGGUAUUUAUGGCAAAGGCACAUAUCUCGCUGAUUCUUGGAAUAGACUAGACUUCUUUAUAGUAAUUGCAGGUGCAUUGGAGUACUGCCUGAAUGUGGAAAAUAUGAAUUUAUCGGCGAUACGGACGAUACGAGUGCUGAGGCCUCUGCGAGCAAUCAACAGGAUACCAAGCAUGAGGAUACUCGUGAUGCUGCUGCUUGACACUUUGCCAAUGUUGGGCAACGUGUUGCUGCUUUGCUUCUUUGUCUUCUUCAUCUUCGGCAUCGUCGGGGUUCAGCUCUGGGAGGGUAUUCUGAGGCAGCGCUGUUUUCUCAAGCCUCACCCAAACGUCAAGUAUCCCGAGUUACUCUCGGACGAGUACUCCGUUCGAUCACGUAUUUACAGCGGCAAAUUAUUCCAGAGGAAACCGUAUCACUACUACAGAUUUGCUGACCUGGAAAAAUUCUUCGAGUACCAGGGCCAAGAUUAUAUCUGCUCGAGGAUGGACGAUAAUGGGAUGCAUAGCUGCAGUAAUUUACCACGGCUCAAGAUUGGUAACAUCGAGUGCAAUGAAACAGCACUGCCGAACAGUAACUUGACGUUUCUCAACGCCACCUCGUGCGUCAAUUGGAACGCUUACUAUACCGAGUGCAAGGGGCAAGGCAACAAUCCAUUCCAGGGCACCAUAUCAUUUGACAAUAUCGGCCUGGCCUGGGUAGCUAUUUUUCUUGUAAUAAGCUUGGAGGGCUGGACGGAUAUCAUGUACUACGUGCAGGACGCGCACUCGUUUUGGGACUGGAUUUAUUUUGUUCUUCUGAUUGUUAUCGGUUCCUUUUUCAUGAUUAACCUUUGCCUAGUUGUAAUAGCGACUCAAUUCUCAGAGACGAAGAAGCGAGAAAUGGAGAGAAUGCGAUUAGAGCGGGCUCGAUUUCAUUCAACCAGUACUCUCGCUUCCUCGACAAAUACGUCGGAGCCAACCUCUUGUUACGCUGAAAUAGUCAAAUAUAUAGCUCAUCUGUGGAGACGGGGCAAAAGAAGAUUGCUGAAGAAAUAUCGGCUAUUUAUGAUCAGCAGGCGCCACCAGCGCGAUCAAAAUUUACUGCGUGAUCCUAGCCAGUCGCGCAGAAAAAUUGUCAAGUCCACAAGACUGCUAGAUGGUAAGCUCCACCACAGUCGCUGUCCUCGACUGUUGGCCGCUCGAGAGGCAGAGCAGCUUCACCAGUCCAAUGGCAUGGCCAACAAUAACAACAAUAUCAAUAACAACAACAAUAACAACGGCACUGCUGCCUCUGCCACUGACCUGGCGGAUCCGAGCGGGGGUAGCGGCACUAUCGUUGUAAGUCCUGUGGGCAGCGCCCCCAGGGCUAGUCCCGAAGUUUCAGAGGUCGAGCUCCCCAUUAACAAUCAUAACCAUCAUCAUCAUCAUCAUCAGCAGCAGCAGCACAGGCAUACAUCCCUAUCGAAUGGCAGCGAUAACAACAUUAACGUCCUCAACGAGACGAACAAUGCGCUUUUGAGUCCGCCAAGCGCACCGCAGCGUCGACGUAGUAGCGUAAUGUUCAGCGAAGUCAUACUGCUUCAUGGAAGCAGCGUUAACACGUUGCCCGGAUCGAUCGGAACCGUAACGGGCGAGCGAAACAUUUGCUCCAGCGAGAAAAUGACCCAAACCGGCGAUGGCAAUGUUUGGGCAAUGACGUCACAACCGAAUAACAUUCAAGCUGAAAUUGGCGGCGGCGAGGCCAUGACGUGUCAAGAAUUACUAGCUUUCAGCGGAGCCCUGAGUGCCGCUUUGCCAACUGGUCAAGUGGCCCUGGAUACCUUUUUGAAUUCACUCACCAAAGGUAUGAGCGAGCGGCACGUUACCCUAGAGGAGCGAUCGCAAUGGACGGCGGCUGCGGAAGCCGACGCGUGCUCGUGUUGUUGCGACAUGCAAAACGACCCGCAGUGGCCGGAGGAGGACGAAACGGCCGCCGAAACGAGUCAGCGAUGUCUCAGAUGGAAGCAGUCCAAGUUCCGUCGCUUCUUGGUGGCCAGUGGCAAUAUUUUCGUUUGCACUUGUUGUUGUUUGCGUCGCUGGACGAAGAAACUGGUUAAUCACAAGUACUUCCAGCAGGGUAUACUGCUGGCGAUACUCAUCAAUACACUCAGCAUGGGAAUCGAAUAUCAUAAUCAGCCGGAUGAGCUGACGUUCAUAGUCGAGAUAAGCAAUAUCGUCUUUUCCGCUAUCUUUGCCGUCGAAAUGUUAUUGAAGGUUAUAGCGGAAGGGCCCUUUGGUUAUAUCAGCAAUGGAUUCAAUGUCUUCGAUGGCGUAGUUGUUGUUUUAAGUGUCGUUGAAUUAUGCCAAUCUUUCGGAGAAGAAAAGGGAGGAAGCUCGGGCCUGAGCGUACUAAGGACUUUUCGCUUGUUAAGGAUAUUGAAACUCGUGCGUUUUAUGCCAAAUCUUCGUAGGCAACUGUUCGUCAUGCUGCGCACAAUGGAUAACGUUGCAGUUUUUUUUUCCCUUUUAGUCUUAUUCAUCUUCAUAUUCAGUAUCCUAGGCAUGUACCUGUUUGGGGGUAAGUUUUGCGUAUGGGCAGACCGGAGUCGGCCCUGCACCUGUGCCGAGGUGGUAUCGCGCCACCCUUUGUGUCGCUGCGAUCGCAAACAUUUCAACGACAUCGUCUGGGCACUUGUAACCGUCUUUCAGAUAUUAACGCAGGAAGAUUGGAACGUUGUCUUAUUCAAUGGAAUGCAGAAAACGUCGCAUUGGGCGGCUCUGUAUUUCGUCGCUCUAAUGACGUUUGGGAACUACGUUCUCUUCAAUUUGCUCGUCGCUAUCUUGGUCGAAGGUUUUUCUUCCGAGAGAAACGAGAGGCGCGAACGAGAGCAGCGUGAAUUGGCCAGGAUCGCGGCAAAGGAGGCCGGCUACGGCAGUGAAGAGGGAUCUUCAAGAGUGUCGCGAUCUCACUCGGUUUCAGAUAGCGACACGUACACACAGGAUCAAAAGAACUCCUGGCAAAGCUGCGAAAACGUGCACAAAUACAAGGGCCAUAAUCAUCAGUGUCACGAGAAAUACGCCAUGGUUCAGCAAGCUUGGCGAGCUCAGCCGCCCUUCGACGUGGCCAAGUGCAAUCUCACGAAGGAAAUAGUCGUGGGCAAGAAGAACAGCGUCGGAGGGCCUCAGCCACCGAUCAUAACGCACACGGCCGCGACGCCGCAAGAUUCACCAAACACCACAUUGGACACACAUGCCUAUCGAGAUCUAAGCUUUCGAGCCGCCUACCCACCAGCUUUAUCCAUAGAGUCUAUCGACCGAUCGUCCAGUCAGUGCAGCGUUUAUUCUGGUUAUUUGAAACCAGUGGAAAACAAUAGUAAAAAUUCACUCAACAAUCCCGUCAAACGUCCCAACACAGCCGUCAAUGCCUCAGCGCAAAAAGAGUGUUUGAGUUCAAGUCCACCGAGAAUUCCAAAGGGAUGGCGUUUGUCAAGGCAAUCCUCCAGAAGAAAGAGAUCCCUGUGGGAAGAAGACGCAGCAGCUCCAGGACGACCUGUGAUACUCAAUAACGGAAGAAGUAGCGUCGGUCACAAGUCCUUAAGCUGCGGAGAUUACACAACUUACAAUAAUGGAUAUCUGCAAGGAAGCAUAAGGAACGACACGCAUUGCGAUUUUCCAAAUAAUCGCUCAACUGCCAUGAUAAACAAUCAUAGCCUUAGUCCAAAUAAUUCAGUUAGGAGUCGAAGAUCAUCCGUGCAAUGUCGUUAUACCCCGAGAUACCACUGGACGGAGGAGUUAUCUCGUCGCACUUCGUUACGCGGCUUUGAGAGCCUCGCCACGCGAAAAAUCCUUCCGGUCGAGGAAGUGCCAUUGAGCUCACCGGCUCACACGAUCAAUAAUUUGAGCCAUCACGAGAUGACUGCUGGCGCGUUGCCCUCGGUCAAGCCCCGCUACUCCGAAGAGGAGACGGAGCUUAAUCUCCGUAAUGGAGAGUUGACGUCGACGCACUCGAACGAGCUCGGAACAGGCGGCGGCGGCGACAGCCAAACCGGCAGCGUCGAGAAGAUCAAAAAGAUCUUCAUGUUUUUCGAACCGAAAGGAUGCCUCAAAGAGCGAGACGAUUAUUCGCUUUACAUCUUCCCGCCGAACAACAGGUUUCGCGAGCUCUGCCACUGGUUCGUCGAGCAGAAGUGGUUCGACAACGUCGUGCUGCUGUUCAUCGGAUUAAACUGCAUAACACUGGCCAUGGAACGACCGAAUAUUCCGCCCGACAGCAAGGAGCGAAUCUUUCUCGCGAGUGCUAAUUACGUUUUUACCGCCGUUUUUGCCGUCGAAAUGUUUGUCAAGGUCGUCGCGACAGGAAUGUUAUACGGCACGAAUGCUUACUUCACAUCUGGCUGGAAUAUAAUGGACGGCUCGCUAGUCGUUAUUUCCAUCAUCGACCUAGGCAUGUCUCUCCUUUCAUCGAGCAGUCCACGAAUAUUCGGCAUACUGCGCGUUUUCCGUCUUUUACGAUCGCUCCGACCGCUGCGGGUGAUCAAUCGGGCGCCCGGCUUAAAGCUCGUCGUGCAGACUCUGCUCUCGUCGCUGCGGCCCAUCGGCAACAUCGUCCUCAUCUGCUGCACGUUCUUCGUGAUUUUCGGCAUCCUCGGCGUUCAGCUGUUCAAGGGCGCCUUCUACUACUGCGACGGGCCGGACAUCAAGAACGUGCGAAACAAGACGGACUGCUUGUCGGACAGCCGCAACGUCUGGCUCAAUCGCAAGUACAACUUUGACGAUUUGGGCAAGGCACUGAUGUCGCUGUUCGUGCUGUCGUCGCGCGACGGCUGGGUCAAUAUCAUGUACACGGGCCUCGACGCCGUCGGAGUCGAUCAGCAGCCAAUAGAAAAUUAUUCAGAGUGGCGAUUGUUGUACUUCAUCUCUUUUAUACUACUCGUGGGCUUUUUCGUAUUAAAUAUGUUCGUCGGGGUCGUCGUGGAGAAUUUCCAUCGCUGCCGCGAGGAGCAGGAGAAAGAGGAACGAGUUCGAAGAGCUGCCAAACGUGCAUUACAAAUGGAAAAGAAAAGAAGAAAAAUGCACGAACCGCCUUAUUACAAUGAUUACUGCAAGUCCCGACUGUUCGUCCACAACGUCGUUACCUCCAAGUACUUUGAUCUUGCGAUCGCCGCCGUGAUCGGUUUAAACGUCGUCACUAUGGCACUCGAAUUUUAUAUGAUGCCAAAAGCUUUGACUUAUGCAUUGAAAAUAUUCAAUUACUUCUUCACGGCCGUUUUUAUCCUCGAGUCAGCAAUGAAGCUGUUGGCUCUUGGGCUUCAUCUCUACCUCAAAGACAAAUGGAACCAACUUGAUAUUGGUAUAGUUAUAUUGUCAGUAGUAGGUAUCGUUCUGGAGGAGGUCGAGUCAAAAAUUAUUCCCAUAAAUCCAACGAUUAUACGCGUCAUGAGAGUAUUAAGAAUUGCCAGAGUUUUGAAACUACUGAAGAUGGCCAAGGGUAUCAGAGCACUUCUGGACACGGUGAUGCAGGCAUUACCUCAAGUUGGAAAUCUCGGCUUAUUGUUUUUCCUAUUAUUUUUUAUAUUCGCUGCACUGGGAGUUGAACUCUUUGGUCGACUAGAAUGUAGCGACGAGUAUCCGUGCCAAGGUCUCGGCGAGCACGCUCACUUCAGCAAUUUUGGCAUGGCUUUCCUGACGCUGUUCCGGGUUGCGACCGGUGACAACUGGAACGGCAUCAUGAAGGACACGCUUCGGGACAACUGCGAUGAUGCCGCUGACUGCGUGAAGAAUUGCUGCGUCAGCAACAUCAUCGCCCCCAUAUUCUUCGUCAUUUUUGUCCUCAUGGCGCAAUUCGUCCUCGUCAACGUCGUCGUGGCCGUACUUAUGAAACAUCUCGAAGAGAGCCACAAGCAGAUGGAAGAUGAGCUCGACAUGGAAAACCAGCUAGAACGAGAGCUGGCGGCCGAACAGGAAGAACUUCUCGAGGAAGUCGAGGAGGAAGACGAGCCCGAAGACGUCGACGAAUUGAUGAAAAAGAAAGAUCGUAGCGAUGUGUUGGACGAAAAGGACGAAAUGGAGCUGAACGAGGCCGAUGGCAGCGACGAAUUUUCGGGCAGCGGUAGGCCUGGAUUAUCCAAGGUGCGAUCGCUGCCCUCGAAUUUCACCUACAAUCCACCAGCCGAAAGGGAGAAAACGACCGAUGACUACGUAGUUUUAACGACGCAUGGCUUGUCGACUUCAAUGAUAGACUUUUAUGCUUUAAAAUUUCUAUCUAUAAGCGACCUUAUUGAAGACGCAGCUGUAUCAACAAUGGAUGAUAGCCGGCAUUCCAUCUACCAGCGAGCUGCUAGCUCUAAGCCAGCCAAAUUCAAAGUUAAGCGACGUCAGACCUUCCAUUCUCAGGAUCGUGAACCCCCCGGCGGAGGCGGAGGCGUCGGCGGCAGUCAGUCGUCCAUGCACUUCGAGGUAGCCGAGCUCAUACGCAAGCCCAACAGCAACCUCAGCGUGCCCCGCAUCAUACCUCAGCGCGGUGGCGGCGGCUCGACGAAUAGCAGCAACGCGUCCAUUCCUGCUGCUGUUGGCAGCACCAAAUAUCUGGCGGUAGACAAUAAAUCCUCCUACCUGAGACCUUCGUCCGUCGAGUCCUUCCAGCAGCGCCGAGGCUCCAAUCAGUCAACGACGUCCGACAGCCUCGGCAGCUCGAAGCAGAAACAUUUUCUCUGUCCCGUGGCCGACGUGAGCCUGGCUAAGGCGAGGAUACCGACGCCGGAACUUGCCUCUUCGAGCACGAGCCUCGUCUUGACUGGUGCAUCUCGUUCGUCGAGUAUGUCGAGUCACGGAGCUGGUGGAGGGCUCGUCGUUCCAAAUGCCCGAAGAGACGGCCGAGAAAGCGAUUCGAGGACCGAGCCGUACGCGACUUCGUCACCCAUAUCGAUGCUGCUCGAGGAACCCGUCGACGUGCAGUCCAUCAUCAACGAGCGGCGGCCGUCUCGCCUCAAGCCCGUCGCCGCCUCGCCCUUGGCCGGCUAUGGUUUGUACGUGAAAGAGGAAGACGAGGAGGAGGAAGAGAAAAACGAGCAGUCGGCUCGAGGAAGCGCCGCGAUCGGCCAGCCCACCAACAGUAGUCGCAGCAGUGGCAGCGGCGUAGAGCUGUGCAUCUUCGUCGACGGGAGCGCGGCGAGCCCGGAGCAGCGAGAGCAAGAAACUCAAGUCGGCGACGGUGGCGAAGAGCGAAGCGCCUCGAGCGACAAGAGCAGCAGGAGGCGCAGCCCUAGUCGCGAGGACAACGGCGCGACGUAGAAGAGCUGAUCUUUUUCGACUGCAGCAGACUGACUGAACCCGAGCAUGCUGAGAGCGGCAGCUUCGAGCAAUAAUAAAGCCGAGUCGUCGCGUGUGCAUACUUCGAUAUUACGUCGCAUUUCCGUAUUGACAUUGGUAACGAAUUCCUUUUGUCGUUUCGGUUGCAUUUCGAGCCUUGAUUUUAUAUUCAAGACGCGAUAUCAUUAUCAUACUAUAAUCAGAUCGAAGAGUGCUACAUAAUCUCUUUGAUUCACGGCUGCACGCGCAGCCACUCGUUACGACAAAAAAGAUAAUUUUUUUCGUGUGAAUUAUUCUGAAAGACUGUAGUGUAUGACAAUAUAGGUGAAUAAUCACAUAUAGAAAUCUCAUACCUUCUAUUGCCUUCGAUACACCUUUUAUAAAGAACAAAACUAUUAUACGAUAUGUAAAGUGCGUGUACGCGUAUUGUGUUACGAACUCAGUGCCACGAACGGACGCCUCACUUCCUUGCAUUUACAAAGAAGAGCAUCACGUAUGUUACACUGUGUAGUGUUAUCGCUGAAACUGAUGUUAUGUUUUUUCGGGUGACACAAUGUAGACUUUUUGCGAGUGGUUAUUACGUUACAUAAGUUGUAUUAUGGACAAACGAACCUUCCAAUAGAUGUUACGCAGAAACACAUUUUAUGAACAAAACUAGCUGUUACAAUAACAAAUCAAGCAAUUCACAUGUCAUUGAGAUGAGCUAACUUAAGUAGUUGUUGAUUAAAAAAGCUUUUAUACAACAAAAUCAUGCACUUCAUAGUCACUUCCAUGAGUUACGCGUGUUCAUAGAUUACAAUUAAUCAAUGAGUGUUUGCUAGAUUAUCAUAAAUGAAUUAAAAAUGAAAAAAUUGUCGGUGUCUCCGUAUAAUCAAAAUACUACAACUUGUAACAAGUAAUGGCACUAAAAGUGACGAGUUGUUCAUAGGUCAAAUUUAGCGUAUUUAUAGGAAAUUCGUGGAUUUUGUGCUGAUGAAGUAUUUCAAAUGAAACUGAAUAUAUAAAAAUCCUUCAAUUACCCAGAGAAACACUUUAAUGUCUCAAAUAUACAAAUAGUAUAAAAUAAAUAUUUUCUAAAAAUAUUACAAAAAUCUAACAAAUAAAGUCAUACGUCGUAUCAUCGAGAUUGUACAUCGCAAAACUUGCAGUCAUCGAGUUUUUCUUUGUACAUGUAAUCAUCAAUCAAGUUGCAGAAGCAAAUGGAAUUAUUAAAUCUAUAAAGACUUCGUUUGAAAAACUCUUCUUACUGUAAUAUAAAAUAGUAGAAUAGUAAAUAAUAUGUUAUUUUUGAAACGGCUAGUGAUUUGCACGUGCAACGCAGUAAUUCUAUUUAAAAGCAAUAAUAAACUUGAUUGUGUACGAAAAAACAUUGAAGGAACGUGAAUUGUAGUUAGUGAACUUUUUCAUCGACAUUAUAAUAUUAAUAUAUCCUCUAUGCACUGAGAUAAUAUAAUCUCAACUCGAUCAUUGUAUCACAUCUUCACUUUUCUACAAAAUUUUCCAAACUUUUCGAGAUUUUACAACUUUGCAUGAAAGGGCUUUUGUGAAUGUGCUCAACUCUAUCAUCGUUUCAUUCAUCACAUUUGUUAUUUGAGUGUAAUUAAAUCCUUUUUCUUCGCUACGUAUAUGUUUUACGUACUUAUACUCUGCUCUUCAGCGUCAUAGUGCGAUUUUUCUCAUUAACCUCUGUGAUAUACUUUAAUUAUUGAAUGUAUGGGAAGCACUAUUGCGAAAAUUAAAGCGAAGUAAAAACGAUAACAGUAUCAAACUGUUGAGGGUUUAGCAUAAUUUACUUGAGUGAAUGAAAUUGUGAAAAAGCUAACAUGAAAAACUAACGAUUGAAUCGAAAGUUCUGUACAUAAAUGUACUAUAAUUAUUAUAUUCUUCUUUAUACACUCAAUGUUAUUUAUUUUGAUACUACUUAUAGCUACUGUAUACUCAAUCACUGUCAAGUUUAAUGAAAAAGAUAACUAUUUGCCUUCACAAAACGUUGAUGAACCUUAUUCUCGCGUAUAUAAUGAUGCCAUCAUCCAUCUCAUUCGGGAGGAUUUAUAUGGUAGAUAAUUAUUCCUAAAAUACUGUAAAUGACUAUGAAAUGUUAUCCAAAAUAGUAAAUUUUUUUAUUACAAUCACUGCAGUACCUCAAAAUCAAUAAAUUUUAUUCUUCGAGACAACUUGGGCGUUUUCCGACAUUAUCUGUUGGAAUUAUCGGGCCGGAAACUUUUAUAUGUAUAUGUUUUAAGAAUUUUAUGAGAUUAUUGGAUGAAAAUAAUGUUGAAUUAAAUUACUACAUAAAGGCAACUCUUGAGUGACAUCAAAAUAAAGAAACUAAUCUGGCUCAAACAUGUAUUCAGCCAGCUAUAUAACAUGAAAAAUUAUAUAUACUCUUAUAAUAUGCUUUAAGGGUAUGUUUAAAAAUGUGUGCUGCAAGCAGCUCUAGUAGUUAAAUGUCUCAUGAAAAAAUGUAUAUAAUGUGUACAUACUUAUAUAUUUUUUGGAAAAAAACUUUUCAAGUUAAUCAUAUGUGAGUAGUGACAAGAAUUUCUGGAUCUCAAUUAAAGAAAACAAUUUAAUAAUACUAUUGAAAAAACUUUUUAAUAAAUCGAAAGAUAAUCGCAUAAUUUUUUCAUCAUUUUUAAGUAUAAACGUUAUUCGACGACCAAUUAACGAGGAAAAACUUUUUUAGCUAACAGUUUGAAUAGAGCUCGAUAACUCUUCUGACAAUCAAUUUAACUCUACGUAGUUAAUACUUUGUAACAACAUUGUUUCAAUCACGAAAUUGGCCUUCAAGUUUUCAUCUUCAACUUUUUUCAUUUUUCAACGAAAUUUAUCGGACUAAAAUUUAUAUCUUGGCACCACGUCCGUGUAAAAUCGUUCAGUCAAAUUAGAUUUAGACGACUGAUCUCUAAUUAUUGAUCAAGUGAUUCGAAUGCAAUUAGCUGAUUCUAUAGCGAAUCUUACCCAUCGCCAAUCAAUUACACUGCAAAAAUUGAACAAAAUAAUAAACGUUUCUAUCAAAUGUUUACUGAAUAAUAUAAACGUGCCUCUCUUUUCACACGUAUAUAAUUUUCUUCACCAUUUCAUUUUAAUUUCAUUGAUUCUAAAGGAUAUAAAUUAUUCAAAAAUGUUU